AUGGACUCUUUCCGGUGCGACCCGAAGGUGAUUCAUCCGAUCGGCUGGGAUGCAUUUGGACUUCCGGCGGAGAAUGCAGCUCGCGAGCGGAGAAUAGAUCCGGGCGAAUGGACAGAAACAAACAUUUCCUCGAUGCGCGCCCAACUCGAAUCGACGGGAGUCCACUUCGAUUGGGAAAGAGAAAUCAAGACGUGUGAUUCGCAAUACUACAGAUGGAACCAGUGGAUCUUUCUGAAGCUAUACGAGAAAGGACUCGUCAAACGCCAAUUGUCCGAGGUAAACUGGGAUCCGGUCGAUGGGACAGUGCUGGCCGACGAACAAAUUGAUGCUGAUGGGAAAAGCUGGAGAAGUGGAGCGGUGGCUGAGAAGAGGACGUUGAGGCAGUGGAUGAUUGAGACGCCCAAGUAUGCAAAGAGACUCUCCGAUGGACUGCUCGACUUGGCGCCCCAAUGGAAAGACGUGGCCCUAAUACAGAGCAACUGGAUCGGAAAAUGCGAUGUCUAUCGCUUUCUCUUCCCAACCAUCGGCCACUCCCCCGCCGCGUCGCAGGAUGGCCAACGCGUGGAUUUGCGUCUACGAGAUCCACGGAAGCUCGGAUCGGCAGCUUUCUUCAUCCUCGGUCCCGAGCAUCCACUGGCCGACAAGGAAAACAAGGACUCCACGCGGCCGUAUCGUCUACCGUUUGACGUGUUGAAUGGAGUGACGGGAUGCGCACUUCCUCUCCUCGUCGUCCCCACAAAACUCCUCCAACUCGCCGAACAUUUCAUGGAAUCUAGAUUGGCCGAUCCGAAGAUCGACGCUGAAUGGAGCGCAGAGCUGGGCAUGGAGCUGGAUGCUCCACGGAAAACGAUGGAGCUGAGCGUGGAAGAUGCGGUGGAGAUUGCAAAGUUUGGCGGCUACGGCGGCUACGUGACGUCUCGAAUCCAUCGUGACUGGGUCGUAUCCCGUCAACGGACAUGGGGAACACCCAUUCCAAUGGCGUUGAGCGUUGAUGGUCGACAGGCAGCCCCUCUAUCGACCUCACAACUUCCGGUUCUUCAGGGCAUCCAUCCCGGAACUCCCUUCAAACAUCCACUACUUCCGGACGGCGAGGGAAUUCUCGAACGGGACACUCUCGACACUUUCUUCGAUUCGUCAUGGUAUUUCCUGCGAUAUCUCGACCCUCGCAAUACCGACAAACUGGUCGACUGGGAGAAGGCGAAACGGGCCAUGCCGAUUGAUGUCUAUGUUGGAGGCAUUGAACAUGCAGCCCUGCACAUGUUCUACGCCCGGUUCAUGGCGCAUUUCCUGUGGGAUAUUGGUGUUUGCCCGGUUCGCGAGCCAUUCGACAAUCUCAUCCCGCAGGGCAUCGUUCGCGCCAAGACAUUCGUGGUGCGGGACAGCGGCCGUUUCUUGAAAGCCGAAGAUGUCGAAGAGGAUAGCUCAAAACCGGGCCAACUACACGAAAAAGACACCGGAAAGCCCGUGGACGCGCUGUACGCAAAGAUGAGCAAGAGCAAACACAAUGGCGUCGAUCCCAUACAGGCUCUAACCGAUGACGGCAUCGAUUUAACGCGUCUGCAGCUGCUCUACGCGGCCCGGCCGCGGUCCGUCAUCGACUGGGGCGAAUUUGAUACGCGCGGCCUGCUCAAGUGGCUGGACCGUGUGUCCCGCGUCGUCAGCACGUACAUUAACGGACGGAGAGGCGCCUCAAAACAACCCGAAAAUGACGGCCAAAAAGAGGAAGAGAGCGUGGAUGAGCAACGCGUACGCCUUCUCCACAUGACGGCCGUCAAAAAUGCGACCUGGAACCUGGACGAGUUGCAGCUGCAUCGACAGGCCCUAUGCGAUCUGAUGACCCUCACCAAUGGAUUGAAUGAACUGAGCGAGUCGACGUUCUCAAGAAGCCGCGAAGCCGAGAGGGCGCUCCGUUCUCUUCUCGUCAUGAUGCAGGUAUUCGCCCCAUCAGCGGCCACGGAGCUGUGGGCAGGGAUGCAUACAGUAGAAUGGAUCGAGCGAGUCAACAGAAAGGGACAACGAAUAGAGGAACAGCCAUGGCCCGAACCCGAUCCGGAUACCCACAUCGACUUCUUUCUCAAGAUGCACGGGCAGAAAUUCGACUCGACGACCCAUGAAUGGAAGGAAAUGGCUUCAAUAUCUUCGGAAGAAGCUCUCCAUCUGAAGCGACAAUCCCUUCAACAAUCUCCACAACACUCCGAUCACUGGCUAGCCACCAAUUUUGCCAAGCUCGAGUCGAUGGGACACCGCAUUGUGCCGAUCUCGCGUCGAUAUCGCCAGGGCAUCUUCUACGAGCUGACAAUCGACGUCAUCCCCCCAAUUGCCCGCGCCGACUUCAAGGAGGUCAUCAAGCAGCAGGGGCAUUCGCGUGCCAAACAGAAGAAAUGUCGGCAACAGCAGCACAAACACCAUAAAACGGCCGCC